ACCGCCGGCGGCCCCGCGGAUGAUGUUUUGCAGAUGUCUACGUAUUGAAAAUACGUUUCCAAGCAGAACUGAACCAACAGCCAUCUGAAAAUACUGUCAAGUCCCAAAUCUGAAGGAUGGAUAACAGAAAGUGGCCUCUCCUCAGUGCCCACAGCUGGAAUUUCCAGCACAGAGAAGACCAUGCAGAGAGCCAAACACAUUGGAAAGCCAGCUGGGACAAGGAGCUUGAGAAUUGCAGGGAAAAUAUGGAAUAUUUUAAAGCUAAGUAUACAAAAGCAAUGGGGAAUUUACAUGUAAGAAAAGGGAGAAAAAAAUUUUAAAGAAGGAUGGCUGGGGAGGUUUGGAGACAGAAGGAAUGGGAAAAAGAACUGCUUACGAAAGCCUCUACCUUGGAGAUGUGGAAGACCAUGGCUAUAUCAAAGCUUACCAAGCUAUAUGAAAGGAUCAUCUUUUAAGGACAGGAAGAAAGACAAGGCCAAGGAAAGAUACAGUCUGUUACUGGGAGAAGCAAAAAGGAGUUAUCAACAAUGCACCUUAAAAUACGUGAGCUGUGGAGGAAUGACAGAGAAUAAAGAAUUUGUAUAAAUAGGUAAAUACAUUGAGCAGCUGCCUCCCUGCCAUGUGCUCUCAUUUUCUCUGCUGCCAGAGAGCACGGAUGUUUCUUAUUUAUUUACUUCUAAUUACUGAGAUACAGACUGCCACCGAUGAGAUAAAUGUAGGUCAGAAUGCUGGUCUUCCCCUUCUCUUCCCUCAGGGUGUCUCCACAGCAUCUCUAUAAAAACCUUGUGAAAAUGCCACUUCUCCAGACCCCACACCAUCUCUCCAAUGCCCUGGGCUCUCAGCCCUCUCCCCAGUCCCAGAACAGUCAGUGCCAGGAGCAGAGGCAGAGGCCAAGCUGCCUGACUUCCAGGCAUUUAUCCAGCUACAUGGGGCAAUGGCAUAUCCAACAAAAUCUAAGAGACUAGGUUGGUGAAAAAGAGAUGGAAAAGAAGGAGGGGAGCAUGAGAGGAAUGGGUGUGGAUCUGAUGUAUGUUGUUGGCAGGGAUCAUAAGGGCAGAACAGUCAUAGCUGGUAUUUAUGAGGCUGCUGUUUCCACUCAGGAUGAUGGGACGUUCCCUUUUUUCCUGGCUGCAAGUGCAGUUGUUCACCUUUACAUACAAAAAAAUUCCAACCCUGCACUUUGCUGAAUUGUGCUUAUUUUGUGCAGUAAAAUCCCUUGUUACCCAUGCUGGUCUCUAAAAGGCAUGCGAAAAAUGUGGAUUGUGCAAAUUUCAUACAUACUGAGUCCUCCUGUCUGCCUAGAAAUAACCUGUGUCACCACACCUUUGCUGUCUGUGCAGACAAACCUCUGUUUUACAGAGCCUCUGUGGUGGGUGCUGUGGAAGAACUACAAGGACAGAAAAGUCAUUCUGGAACAAGUUUUGCUUUUUGACACAAAAGCUUGUCCAGAAUAGAUGAAAACCUGAGUGGAGAAGCCCAGCAGGACUUGUGUUCAUUCAGUUCAUACAGAGCCAGAGCAGAAAGGUUUCUUUUCAUUGUUCCCCUUGUUUAGCAAACACUUCUCAGGAUACCAGCAAUACUUUUAAUCUGGCAGGAGCACUUUUGUCAACCCCUUCAAUUAUUCUUCAUGACCAGAGUAAGUUUCUAUCAAAAAUACUAUCUCAGAAUAAUGUUUGUUUUCAAAAUACAGCUCUCUUUGUCCCGCUGCACUGUCUUCAUUGGCUGGAGCGAGAUAAAAGGGCUUGGCUGAGUAACUCAGACCUCAAGAGAAGCAGCACAUGGUCCAGGUUCACAGUUGUCAGCCUUGUGCCUCCUCUGUUCAGGGUGUGCUGCAAGGUAGAGACAGGUCUGUCCACAGGUGGAGAAGCUCCGGGUAGUAAGAAAACUACCAUUGUGUCUCCUGGCAGCCAGAGCUCUCCUGGUGCCAUGGAGGACACGUCCUGCCAGAAGUCCGGACCAAGCAAAGACACACUGGGCUCCCCAGUGCCACAGGAGACUCCUGCCCAUUUCAUCCACGUCAAGUUGGAGGAGUAUGAGCCCACAGACUUCAGCACCAAGGAACUCAUCCUAAAGAAAGCCAGAGAGGUCUGCACAUGCAAUCGUCAAACCAUCAUCACCUUCCUGUGCCGGUUGUUCCCAGUGCUGGACUGGCUCCCCCGCUACAACAUCAAGACACAGUUGCUUGGGGACGUCAUAUCUGGGCUCCUGGUGGGGAUAGUCACCAUCCCGCAGUCUGUCUCCUACUCCCUCCUAGCCAACCAGGAUCCCAUCUACGGGCUCUACACCAACUUCUUCUGCAGCAUCAUCUACGUCGCUGUGGCCACUUCGCGGCACAACUGCGUGGGCUCCUUCGGGGUGCUGUGCCUGCUGGUGGGGCAGAGCGUGAACCGGCACCUGCGGCUCGCGGGGUACGGCGACGACAGCUCCGACAGCUCCCCACUGCCGGGCAACGCCACCUCCGCCGGCAACGGGACGGGCGCCUGCGACAGGAGCUGCUACGCCAUCACCGUGGCCCUUUCCUUAAGCUUUCUGGUUGGCAUUUACCAGAUCCUGCUGGGGGUUUUACAGCUGGGAUUUGUGGCUGUCUACCUGUCAGAACCUCUCCUUGGUGGCUUUGUGACUGGCUCCAGCCUCACCAUUAUCACCUCCCAGAUGAAGUAUCUCCUGGGACUGAAAAUCCCGCGUCACGAAGGGGUGGGAUCAUUCAUCCUGACCUGGGUUGACCUUUUCAGAUACAUUCAGAACACCAACAUCUGUGACCUGGUCACCAGCCUGGUUGCUUUGGCCAUCAUAGUGCCUGUCAAGGAGAUCAAUGACCGGUACAAGGAGAAGAUGAAGGCCCCGUUCCCCAUAGAGCUGCUGGUGGUCAUUGUAGCCACAGUCGUAUCUCACUACUUCAACUUUGAAACGCGAUACAAUUCUGAUGUUUGUGGGGAUAUCCCCACUGGUUUCAGGAAACCCACUCUACCAGAUAUAAGCCUGUUUUCCAGCCUGGCAAUUGAUGCUCUGCCCAUUGCUGUUAUUGGCUUUGCCAUGACCAUCUCCCUGGCAGAAAUCUUUGGCAAAAAGCAUGGCUACACUGUCCGUGCCAACCAGGAGAUGAUUGCCAUUGGCAUGUGCAACCUGAUCCCUUCCUUCUUCUACUGCUUCGCCAGCUCUGCAGCCCUGACCAAGACUCUGCUGAAGGAGUCCACGGGGACCCAGACCCAGGUCUCUAGCCUGGUCACCUCCCUGGUGCUGCUGCUGGUGCUGCUGUGGAUUGCCCCGCUCUUCUACUCGCUGCAGACCUCCAUCCUGGGGGUGGUCACCAUCGUCAACCUGCGGGGGGGCCUGAGGAAGUUCCGUGACACCCCCCGGAUGUGGCGGCUCAGCAGGCUGGACACGGUGGUGUGGUGGGUGACCAUGCUGUGCUCCACCCUGAUCAGCACAGAGAUCGGGCUCCUCGUGGGCGUCUGCUUCGCUCUGCUCUGCAUCAUCUUCCGCACGCAGAGACCCAGAGCCAUGCUCCUGGGCAAGGUCAGCAACACGGAGAUCUACGAGGACCAGUCCACUUACAAGCAGCUCAGCAGCAUCGCCAACAUCAAAAUCUUCCGCUUCGAGUCGUCCCUCUACUACGCCAACAAGGACUAUUUCAAGACUGUUCUGUACCAGAGAACUGGGGUAAAUCCUGUUCUGCUGGCUGCUAAACACCAAAGGGUGCGGGCCCCAGCAAACACAGAGACAGGCAACAGCAAGAGCUUUUUGGGCACUGGGUUUGACUGCCUGAAACAGGCCAAGAAAAGGGCUGAGAAGCCUCCAGCAGAUGCCUGUCCUCCCUCCAUAGAUAUGCACACCUUAAUCCUUGACUGCGGGGCAAUGCAGUUCAUAGAUACUGUGGGUCUCUCUGUGCUGAAGGAGACAUAUCAUGACUAUAAGAAGAUUGGUGUCCAGGUACUCCUGGCCAACUGCAACCCCUCCAUCCGCCACCGGCUCCGGGAGGGAGGCUGGGCUGGCGAGACAGGCAGUGAGGGUCAGCUGGCUUUCCACAGCGUCCAUGAUGCAGUGCAGUUUGCUGAGCGGUGGUACCAUGUGCACCAGGAGGAAAGCAAGGAGAAACAGGAUGCUCUCCUGGACUCCGAAGACCUGAACUUCCAGGCGUCUUUGUAGACCUCUGUGUGGGGAAUGAUUUCUAACGGGGAAGGGCUUGGUACGUACUCGAGAGCAGCUUCAGUCUUUGUGCAGUCAGAGCGCGCAGGAGAGACUUGUGAUGAUCUGCCAGCAGGGGCAUGCGGCAGAAGGACAGGGGGAGAGAUUUGAGGAGAGGUUGGCAACAGGUAAAUCGUCCGGGAGGCGUUUUUGGGGUCCGUCGUGCCGGUGAGAGCCGGGGCGGCGUUUGAGGCGCUCCCGCCCUGCACUGCCCCGCGGGGGCGCGGGGGGGCGCGAGUGAGACGCGCUCGGGGCCGCCUCCCGCAACCCCGGCGGGCUCGGGGAAUCCGGGAUGGUUUGGGGGGGACGGAGCUAAAGGUCAUCGCCUUCCAGCCCCCUGCCAUGGGCAGCGACACCUUCCACUAGACCAGGUUGCUCCAAGCCCCGUCCAACCUGGCCUUGAACACUUCCAGGGAUGGGGCAGCCACAGGGUCAAGAUGGGACACUAAGACAAAGGAAAGAGGAGCUGCAGGCAAGGUCAAGAGAGACAUGGAGCUCCUGGAGUGGGUCCAGCCGAGGCUGCGGAGAUGAUGAAGGGACUGGAGCAUCUCUCUUAACAAGAAAAGGCUGAGGAAGCUGGGGCUGUUCAGCCUCGAGAAGAGACACUGAGAGGGGACAUCAUCACUCUCUGUCAGUAUUCCACAGUUGAAAUUACAGAUUUUCUCCCCCCCAAAAAAAAGGUACCGGAGAUCACCAGCUGCUCUUCAUAAACUGUAAAUCAGGAGACCUGUGCCACAGCCUGCAAGAGCCACAGUUCUCCCAGUGCCUGGCAGGAUCUGUGCUACCUGCACUGCACAUCCACGUGUGUAGCUGGAUCCUGCCUGCAGCAGGAGACGUGGAGCUGUCACUCCCAGCAGUGGGGCAGGGCUUUCUGACACCUCCAGCACUUCAAGGUGUGCAGCUGGAGGAGCCUCAGCUCCAUAUUGGACACGGGUACCUGUCCUUUCUGCUGGGCUGGGACAGGGACAGGCAGCAUCCUGCUGGCCCUGAUGCUGCACCCCAGGGGUGAGUGUGUGCUCCAAGCUCUGAAGACUCCACAGCACUGCCAAGUCCCAGAAUAGCUUUUCUUCCACUAACUCCAUCUGUAAAAACACCUUCUAUGUUAAAUAUUUCUAUGCGACUAUUCCUCUGGCCUCAUCCAAGCAAUGCAGCACCUUCCUCUGAAGGGAACUGUAGCUUGGAAGCCCAGGGACAGGAGACUGUUGUAAAUAAAGUGUAUG